AUGGUGCACCCACUUGCCAUUCUCUCGGAAGCAGAGACCAACUUGGCUCGCGAUGUUGUCAAGGCAGCUCACCCAAAGACUGUGAUUGACUUCCGGGAAAUCUACCUCCAGGAGCCUCCGAAAGCUCAACUCCUCGAGUUUUUAGCCAUUGAACACGCUGGCCGCCUCAGCCCAACCACUCCUCGCCCGCCCCGUCUUGCACUUGCCCAGUACGAUGUGAUAGGAGCCGACCGUAUCCCGCAGUACCAGGAGUCCGUCAUUGACCUUGUCACUGGCAAACGCAUUCACCACAUCGUAGUCGGCAAACAGCACCAUGCAGCCCUGACAUUAAGCGAGUUUGAUACUUUGGUUGAGAAGUGCAUGACAUCUCCCUUGUUCCAGCAAGCCAUGGCCGACUUUGAUCUCCCCGAGGGAUUCGAAGUGGUUAUCGAGCCAUGGCCCUACGGGGGCUUAGACUCCCAAGACGACAACCGCCGCUACUUCCAAGGCCUGUGUUUUGCCCAGGAUAAGCGAUCUGGUAACCCCGACUCUAACUUCUACUCCUUCCCUUUGCCCGUCAUCCCGGUCAUGGACGCCCACACCCAGCAGAUUAUCCGUGUCGACCGGCCAGCGACUGGAGGUAAAGGAGAUGGAUUGCGGGAGCAUACUUUCAAGCGUGAUAUCAUUGGUCACUGCAAACCUUCCGAGUACAUUCCCGAGCUGCUCCCGGAAGGCACUCGCAAGGAUUUGAAGCCUCUCAACGUGGUCCAGCCGGAAGGCCCCUCAUUCAAGGUCACCGAUGAAUCACUGGUGGAAUGGCAGAAGUGGCGGCUCCGGGUUGCGUUCAAUCCUCGCGAAGGGGCUACUAUUCACGAUGUCUGGUAUGACGGUCGCAGUGUGAUGCACCGUCUGGCUAUUAGUGAAAUGACCGUGCCAUAUGCCGAUCCUCGCCCUCCUUUCCAUCGCAAACAGGCGUUUGACUUUGGCGAUGGUGGCGGUGGGAACAUGGCAAACAACUUGUCUCUGGGAUGCGACUGCCUUGGAGUGAUCAAAUACUUCGAUGCUGUAAUUACUGGCGCCGAUGGCACAGCUCAGAAGCUGCCAAAUGCUAUUUGUCUGCACGAGCAAGAUAGUGGCAUCGCAUGGAAGCACUCGAACUGGCGCACUGGUCGCGCAGUUGUGACCCGCCACCGCGAGUUGGUGGUCCAGUUUAUCAUCACCCUCGCAAAUUACGAGUAUAUCUUCGCCUACAAGUUCGACCAAUCCGGCGGCAUCACUGUUGAAGCCCGUGCCACAGGCAUCCUGAAUGUCGUGAAUAUUGACGCCGGCAAGGUUAGCGAAUUCGGCAACGUUGUCAGUGGCGGAGUGCUGGCACAGAACCACCAGCACAUCUUCUGUGUUCGUAUUGAUCCGGCAGUAGAUGGGCACACAAACUCUGUUGUGAUAGAAGAGUCCCAUCCAGUGCCGAUGAACGCGGCCACAAACCCGCACGGUAACUUUUACAAGGUCACCAAAGAGACGGUGAAGCGCUCCUCGUGGGUGGAUGCCGCACCCCAGCUUAACCGAACCAUUAAAAUGGUCAAUCCCCGAAAGACUAACCCGAUCAGUGGAAACCCCGUGGGGUACAAGUUUAUUCCACAAGCUACACAGACCUUGCUAGCCGACCCGGACUCUGUGCAGGCCCGCCGAGCACAGUUCGCCCAGCACCAUGUCUGGGUGACCAAGCACCAAGAUAACGAAUUCUACGCUGGUGGUCGGUACACGCUGCAGAGUCAGUUGGAAGUUGAUGGCGUCGCAGAUGCAGCCCGCCGGGGAGAUGUAAUCUCGGAUACGGAUGUAGUAGUGUGGAACACCUUCGGAAUCACUCAUAACCCACGAGUGGAGGAUUGGCCUGUUAUGCCCGUGGAGAUCUUCCAGCUCAUGCUCCGCCCCGCGGACUUCUUUACAGCCAACCCCUCAAUCGACGUUCCCUCGGAUAAGAACGUGUCUUCGAGAUUGGCCGAGGCCGAGUGCUGCCGACAGGCGCAUAUUUGA